GCCGCCGCGAAGGCGCCCGCGGAGCUGCUCGGCCUGCUGCGGGCGGCGCGCCGCGAGGCUGACUCGCUGCAGGCGCUGCUGGCGGAGGUGCCUUCCGAGCAGCACAGGUCACACCCGCUAUGGCACGCCAGCGUCCUGGCGCGGCGCGCGUAUUUCACCAGUGCGUACGCGGCGCAGGUGGACCCUGGCGGAGCGAAGGAGGCGGGCGCCAACCACGCGUGGGACGCGGAGACGGUGGCGAGGCAGCGCUUGCAUUGCGAGGGCUGGGUCCGGGACAGGACCGACACACACCGGUGCGCAGGUAUACCGGCCCUUGCGCCUGCGUUCGCUGGCGCGGCCGAUAGGAAGUUUGCGGCGGCUCCGCAGAGGGGGGAGACCCGGCAGGUGCUCAUGGGCGGCAGUCGUCAUGAACGGAAGUCCCGCAAGGCAGAGGCCAUGCAAGCUUUCACACAGAAAGCGAUGGAGACCAUCCUGGCACAGCUCCCUGCCGCACUCAGCGCGGCCACGGUCCCACUCAUGGAGAAGUAUGAGGAGCGCUUCAACCAGCAGCUACGACGCGUCGACGGUGAGGUCCAUGCACAGCGUGCUCGAUCGGACCUGCUCGACAGCACCGUGGCGGGCCUCGCCCACCGGCUAUCGCAUCUGGAAAAAGAGCUCGGCCUGGCAAAGGCGAAGCCGCGUCCUCCUGUUGUACCGAACCCAGAGUGGGACAGGGAAGUGGACCUCACCAUCCUCACGGUGCGGGCAUCCUCUGCUGUGGCUAAGAAUGCUGUGGCGGCGGCCCUGGCUCCGUGGCUCACCGAAGCAAACGUCCCUCUCGGGGACGGUGUGGAACUGCAUGGAGAUGACGUCGCCAAAUCUUUUACUCUUGCAUUUCAAGGCCCCAUGGAAGCAACCCGUACCUCGAGAAGGAGUCAGGCCCAGCAGCAGCUCCGACUGCCAAAUGGGUCGUGGCGUGCGUUCCAUGUUGACGUGGGCACUGAGUCGGUGCCGAUCCAUAUCUCCGCGGACAAGAACAAAAAGAUGGUCGCCACAGAGAUUGCCUGCAAGAAGCUGCAACGGGGUCUCACCGACCGUGGCAUCCGUACAUUCCUCGACAAGGACAAUGGUCAACUUCUGGCCAAGUGGGAGCCCUUGGUGCGGGUGCUCCCUUUACCUGCAAGCAGAACGCCGAAGGUGGAAUGGAAUCUCCCUGCACUGGCCGACUCUGGCUUGUCCAGGGAUGAGGCCAAUGAGCUUGCUCGCCAGCUCAGCUACCUGAGCAAGCUGAUGGGGGCUGGCAAAGUAGUGGCGUUACAGGAGAUCCACGGUGGUGAAUGUGCCAUGGAAGAAGCUCUUCAGAGGAUUCACUGUACGACGCACUCGUGCUUCGUUUCUGAGUCGGUGACGCCUCGGGCUGGAGGUGUCGCCACCCUCGUCCCAAAGCACCCAAGCGUUCGAGCCGUGGGGAAGAGCUUCGUCGCUGGUCGGGUGCUGCUAGUUACUAUACAUAACUCAGAGGUCGACUUCACCAUCUACCACUGGAACGUGCACAAUUUUGCCAUUAACGCCGACGGCUUGAAGGAGAUUCAGGCAUGUGUUCAAUCGCAACUUCGGCGAGUGCGGGAUGAUCCAAUGAAGUUCACUGUGAUCCUCACGGGCGACUUCAACAUUCCUGCGACGCCUAUCGAACACCAUCGAUUCAGCCCUGCAAAGUCACAACCCCACGGCCACAUGCUCUCCGCGUUCGGCAUCGUCGGGGACAACAGUGGCCACCUGUACUUCACCUUCUGGGCCAUGUUCUCCGAGUCAGACUCCUUCCUCGGCUACUGCGUCGACGGAAGGCUCGCAGAGGGGGCAGCCCGCCUCAGCACCGUCGCACGCCGGUGA